AUGCCCUCGACCGUGUUCAGCAAAGAGACCGCUGCCUAUCUCGCGAACUUUGUGGUCUCUGCAGAUGAGUACGAGUUUCUUCUGCGACUGCUCGCAAAGCCCGAGCGCGCUGCUGAAGAACGGCAUCCGUCGCAGCUGCAGAAGCCCUCGAAACUGCGGCCGGUCGCUGUUGCAAAGUCGCGGCUCGGGAACUUGCUCUCGGCGGACGAGAUUCGACUGCAGGCCACUGAGCUCAACGAGUUUUCUCUUCUCGUCUGGCGGACUUCUUCACGACUCUACUCUGCCACCUAUCUUCUCGCCUUUGCCGGCCGUUAUAUUGCUUAUCUGAGAGCAAAGGGGACUCUUCCCAGACCGCGGUUGCUGGAUCGCACGCGGAUCAAAGCAUCCCUCUCUCUAGCUCUGCUCCUAUCUCUCUACCGCCUCAUCUACCGAGUGACUUCCUCUCUGCAUGCGGGGGUGUUUAGCAGCCAGGCGCGCAAGUUUCGUCGAAAGCAUCGGCAGAUCACUAAAAUCCUGCGAUCACAGUUCUUCCCUGCCUUUACCUCGGCUGCGACGGCUGGUUUGGCUUACGGCCUUCUCCCAAAAGGGCCCCUGCGAUCCUACGGUGCUUUCUAUACAGCGACUUUGGCUGCUGAGUAUGGAUUCAACUAUGUGACUGCUCAGAAACAAUUCGCCUGGUUGGGUCAGCAAGCCAACUCCUGGAUUCUCUUUCCGUUUUCAAUUGCUCAGCUGUUGUAUGCGUAUCACUAUGAUCGGGAUUGCGUCUCCAAGCCUUUCCAAUUGUUCAUGAGCAAGACUGUCGAGAAUUAUAUCCCAGCCAAACCUCUGGCGUAUCCUGAAACUUUACCUUGGCCUAGCCCGGAAGUCGUGGUUAAUAGUUUAAGCCAGGUGACUCUCGAUAAAUAUCCGCCAUUCAACUCACCGAUUCUGUACCCCGACUCGUAUGUUUUGCCCAAGGCCUACAGCUCGAUUGAUCCGAUUGUGUCGCAGGCACACCCUGGCAUCAAAAAUCUGUCAUGUGCUUUGAUGCAUCCGAUGGAACAAUCGUGCAGUGCAAGCUAUGUCAAGAGUCUUUCACGCCAGUAUCUGCAGUUUGCCAGAUAUAUUCUCCCAUUCUUUACAGCCAAGACUCUUCUAUCUGUUCGUCAUGCUGAUAUGAAUCUUACAAAGUUGAAAUUGAUGGAGAUGGCACGAAGUGCGACUAAACUAAACUUGUUUUUGACGAUGGUGUCAUCCACAAUCUGGUCAGGACUGUGCUCGUCGCAAUUCCUGAUCUCGAACAAUGUGCUGCCGACAUCUCGAAUGAAAGUCAUUGGUUUCGUGGCUGGACUUUGGGCUUAUAUCUAUAACUCUGGCGGGAAGCAGCAGUACAUUUCUGUUGCCAGAAUGGCUACUGAAUCGUACUGGAAAUCUCUUGUUAAGCACAACAAGGUGCGCACGAUUCCUAACGGCGACGUUUUGGUAUUUGCCGGCAGUUUUGCAGUGAUAAUGUCUCUGUAUGACCGAUCGAGCGGAUCGGUCGAGAGUGGACUGAUUAAGAAGGUUUUGCAGCUGGUAAGUGGAAUACCGCCUCUGGAGCCCGUGCCGGCUAGCACUCCUUCAACUCCGAAUGUGGAGAAGAAGUCACCGCGAGAUGCUGUGCACUUGUAA